GGGACCCGGAAGUGCUCACAGAGGACCCCCUUGGAGGUCCCGGCCACUAGCCCGCUUCUAAACGUGGUGCGGGUGAUUUCCCGUCCCUUGUGUCGUGUUCUGAAGAAAUUCUAGAAAAGAUCUUGGCCUUGGAGCAGCAUCAGAGAUUGGAUCCAGCCCGUGGAGUAGUGCCUGAGCAGAUACCCUCGGAGUCCAUGUUGUCCAUUGCGAGAGCAGGAGCGUCCAAAGAACAAGGGUAUGUUACACUGGAGAUUCUUGGGAGAUUUGGAGAGCAGAAGAAAAAUAGCAGUUACUUGGUAGCUUGAACACAUUGUUGCCAAUUUGCUGAGUCACCUUGUUGGCUUGAAGCAGCGGAUGGGCCUUCAAUUGCUCUACCUUUCCCUUCUUUCCCUUCACCGGACCAGAUGAGAAAACGGAGACCCAGGAAGGAGUAACUUAUGCAAAGUCACCCUCCUGGUAAUGGCAGAGCUGGAAUUCGAAUUCAGAUCCGGCAGAUUCCCGAUUACUCCGACCCCACCCGUUUGUGAGCGAGGACAGUACCUCCAGCAAACGCCAAAGCCAGGUUAUCCGACUCACGGGCCAGAUUUGGGAAUCACUGAACUGAACUGCUGGCCAUUGGUGGCUGGUGAAGUGGGUCAGGCAGCGAUGCAGGAUUCUGGCCCCUGCAGGCACUGACUGACUGUGGAAUCUUCCAUCAGUCCUUCACUCUCUCUGACUCUCCUUUUCUUAAUCAGUACAAAGUAGUUACCAAGAGCCUCCGAGUUCCUGUCUUUUCUCAUCCCUGAAUCCCCACCAUUGACCUACACUGAGCAUGGGGCGACCAGCAAUGCUGACUUUAGAGGACAAGGACAUGAAGGGAUUCACCUGGGCCAUAGCCCCGGCCUUGACCUCCCUGGGCUACCUGCUCAUUCUGCUGGUCUCCGUCUUUCCCUUCUGGGUGCGGCUUAUGAACGAGGAGUCCCAUGAAGUGUUUUUCAGUGGCCUGUUUGAAAACUGCUUCCAUAUAAAAUGCUGGAAGCCUCGACCCUUAUCCAUUUACAUCCUCCUCGGCCGGAUGUUCCUGCUCUCGGCAGUUGUCUUGGCUUUCCUCACCACCUUCGUCAUGGUGUCCUUUGCAUCUGAGCUCCUCCCGAGGAUCCGCAAGCACAAUUUUGUAUCAGCCUUCAUCAGCUUCCUCACAGGGGCCUGUGCCUUCCUGGCCUUGUUGCUGCAUGCCCUGGAGAUCCAGGAUCUGAGGAUGAAGCCCAGCCCCCCACAGUUCUCCGUGCAGUGGCCUUACUACGUCCUGGGCUUUGGCAUCCUUCUGUUCAUAGUGGCUGGUGUCAUCUGCCUCUCUCAAGAAACAGCCUGCCCAAGCUGCCAUUUGUUGCCCAUUUCCAAGAGUAUCGAGGAGGCCCAGGGGAUCCCGUACCUGGAGAAGCUGGAGAGUUUUGGAGGAGAACUGAGCUCAAUACGAAAGGAGACCCUGCUGAAGGAAGAAACUAUUAUCUAGCCCAGGAUAUUGUCUCUCUGCCCUUCUUUGAGCUAUGUAUUUUCAAUAAAAAAGGGCUACUCUGUUAAUCCAUACCUCAAAAACAGCCUGGAGGGCUGGAGGGGAAAGAGGAAUAUUACAAGAUAAUCAAGUAAAGUGGGAUGUUGUAAAAUGAAAACUGUAGAGCAUAUAAGCACAACAGAAGGUGUUUGAGUUGAUGAUGUUAAAAAGAAAAUGUGAUAUCCCCAUGUAAAAGUAUGACUCAGUGCGGAAAACUUGUCUUAAAUAUGUAUUUGGGGGAAUGGUUGGGGAUGGUUAAAGGUGAAAGCUUCCCCAAGACUGAGCUCCUGAGCCCAGUGAGUUGGUGCCUCUGGGGAAAGCACAGCCAAGUUAGCUAAUCAACGUGUCACAUUCCUUCCUUUCACUAAGCCAGAGUUCUCUGGAGUUACCUCCAAAGUGCUCCUAUUCACAGUCUUGCAGUGCUACAGCCUGGAGAGCACUCAGCCUCCUAGCUGGGAUGGGCACAGCUGGGAAGUACAAAUGCUUGGGCCCUCCACUGGUUCCAAGACCUCCACAGGCUUCAUACCCACCCUUCAUCUCCAAGGCACUGUGUAGCGAUGGCUCCCGACUUUUCUCUCUAAAGAAUACAUGUGUGGAAAAAAAUCCUAGAACUUAAGCAGUGCAACUUCAAAAACAAGUGCAGGGAGCUGGGGAUGUCUGUCUCCAGAGGGUACAUGAUGGACAUGGCUAGAGUCAAGUGGGCUCUGUCAUGACUGUUAAAUAGUAUUCCCUGAAGGUUUACCUCGUGUGGUGCACCAUGGGGUACACAGAGGUAUCAGAAUCCAUCCCUGUUCUCUGGAGGCUGAAACCCAAGCAGAAGAGCGAAGAUAUAUACACCUGAGAAACCAACAGCCACUAGGUAUUUUAGUGAAAUUUUCUGGAGUUUCUUAUUACGUUUCUCUGCAAAAGAUGUCUUGGAAGUUUCUUGUAGGGAUAUGGUAACUGCCUAGUUCUGAGUGUUCUGACUUUUUCUUCUUAAAAAAACAUAGGAACUAUAAUUGUCAGUGAAAAUAGGAAUGGAGAAAAACCUAUGAACUCCAACUUAUGUAUUUUUGGCCCAAACCAUCCCCAUCCAACAGAACCAGUAUGGGAAGCUACAAGUGGGAGACUGGCAUGGUGGCCACAGUGGGGGUGGAUCAGAGAAUAUACAGGAGUUCUAGUGAUGGCAAAUUCCAAGUCUUUAGCAAAUAUUAGCCCUCAAAUGCCUGCGAAAGUCUCACCUUGAGAGGGAAUGGCUAUAAAUAGGAUGCAGAACAAAUGUGGGGGAACAUGUGUGUUGGGGAAACACAGAAGGCAUGGAAAGGGCAUGGGGGCCCCCAAAUGGAAAGGUUUAAGAAAGCACCACUUGUAAAAGAAAAGAGACCACCUGGGAAGGCAAAUGACAAUAUCCCUUGAUAGCAAUGUGCUGUGGAUUGAAUGUCCCCCAGAACUCAUUAAGGCUUGGUGUUAAGACGGUAGUAUUUGCAAAUAAGUAAACAUUUGAAGGCCAUACGAUAAACUAAUAGAUCUUCAGGGAUGAGGGUGGAUUAGGAAAUGGGGCGGGUGGAGUGGCUAAGGUAUGAGAAAUAACUCUGUGUGACUUUUUAGGUGAUUUUUGCCCGGGCCAGAUGCAACCAUCCCAGAAUCAUAAGCCAAAUAAACCUCUUUUCCUUACAAGUUACCCAGUCUCAGGUGUUUCUGUUAUAGCGACACAAAAUGGACUAAAACAACAACCUAACAGAAACAGAAGAAAAGGAUAAAAACAACCAGUUCACAGAAAAAGAAAUACAAGUAGUUAAUGAUGUUAGGAACAACGAUUGAUUUCACUCAUAAUUAAGAAAUGCAAACAAAAAAAUUGGACACAGUUUAUUUCACUUAUCGGAUUGGCAAAGAUCAAAAAAUUUGACCACACCUAGUGUUGAUGAGAUUGUGGGGAAAAUGGAUGUUAUCUGCCACGUUUGGAGGGAAUGGAAAUCAGUGCAGCCUCUUUGCAGGAUAAUUUGGCAAUAGCUGACAAAAUUCAAAAUGUGUAUAACAUUUAGACCCAGCAAUUCCAUGUGCAGGCAUUCCUCCUUAAUUUGCAUAAAUAGGACAAAGAAUUAUGUAUAACAAUGUUCAUUCCAAAUUUCUGGUAAAUCCCAAUGUUGGAAAUAUACUAACUGUCCACGAAUAACUUCAUAAGUCAUGGGGAACAAUGCAGUAGAAUACUGUGCAGCUGGGAAAAAGGAAUGAAGUGGGUCAAUGUGUGAAGAUGUGGAAAGAUACCUUGUUUAGUGAAUAAAAGCAAAGUGCAGAAUAGAAUAUAGCAUGGCUCUGUUUAUGUAAAGAAAAGAGGAUAUGUAAAAAAAAAAAAAAUUUAUGGUUUGCCUAUAAAGUUUCUGGAAAAAUUUCUGAAACCUUCUUCAUGGCCUCGUCCUAAUGUCUGAUUCCUGGGCUUCCUUGUGUUUUCCUUGUUGGUUUCUAUUCCUCCUCUCUGUCCAGCUUGAAGUCCAUAGUCCCUCAAUACAACGUUUCCCACCAGAGCCCUCAUUCCCUCCCCCUCAGCAUUCUCUCAUAAUCACUGCAAUAAAUCCCAAUAUUGGAUCAA